ACGGCACAUUUGACAUUUAACAUAUAAUCUGUAUUUAAGUUUUUAAGUUUUAAUUUAAUUGAAUAAAAAUGGAUGAGAAAACAUUGAUUGAAAAUGUUUACAAUCACAAUCAAGAUACAUAUUUCCCCACUUUGCUAAAAUUUCAGAACGGCUCGCUCGGCACCAGCUCAAAUUUUUCACUGAUUGAGAGCAAAAACAAACGAAACACACGCAAACGCGCCUUGGUCAUGGCAGGUGCCAAUACCUAUGUAGGUGAUUUGCAGAAUAAUGAAGAAUUUGAUACGUAUAUCUGUUUGCGCGAUAAAACAACAAACAAAGCUACCAUUUUGCCUGUGCAGCAGGCGCUGCUGUCAAACCACAUUUACGAGAAAAUGGAUAAACUAGAGAACCGACCAAUGCUGAGCAAAGAACAUGCUACAAAGAAGCUACUCAAGGAGUUUGGCGGUCGCAAGGCAUCCCGCUAUGUGGCCAAUCGCGAGGAGAUGAUGGUCAAUGUAAAUGUGAUGCGUCAGGAUCUAGAUGAAACAGUGCAGAACUCUGCUCGUCAGGAAGACGAAAAUGACGAGGAUAAUACCCUACCCGAAGUGGAUACAAACAAUGCAGAAUAUUUGGCGACCAUUGUGCCCAAGUGCGAUAAGACGGCAACAAAAAUAAAUGAAAUUUACGAUGUGGAGGAUGUGGUGCCACAAGCAUUGCUCGAUCGCCUGGACGAGGAGGCCCAAAGUGUAUACUCUGCAGAGUUGGAGACACUACCCAUCGAGUCGGACUAUCUGCGUGACUGCAUCAAGCGCAUCCAAAAUAAGGAAAUCACCACAAAGCAAGAUAUUCUGCACAUCAAAUUGAUUAUCUACAUGGACGCGCUGCAGUCGCUCAUUGCGCUGCGCAAGCGGCAAAUGAAACGUGUCGAAUUCUCGGAGAUUACGGAGAAAGUGGAAAAUGACAUACGCCAUCGUUUUGCAGAUCCCAACGUGGCCAAGUCCUGCACACGCACCACCUUCAGCACAGAGAAGGCGCUCACACAUUUCAUUGUGCUGGCGCUGCUCAUCAGCGAGAAUCAUGAAGUAGAUGUCAAUAUGCUAUCGCGCAUUCUACGCACAUCCAAGGAACGCAUCAUCACCUACGCACACUUGGUCAAUGCCCGUCCCAAAGCGCGUUCGGACGUGCUAUCACUGCGACUGCCCAGCACGGUGCCAGCGCUGACGGUCGGGAGGCGCUUUCAGCGCAAAAAGUAACAGUUUUUAAAUUACAGAAAGAACACCCUGUAUUGAUUGCAGCAGUUGCAUCGAUUAAACAAAUUUCGGUCGUUAUUCAAGGCCGAAUGGGGUGAAACUAAAAAA